AUGUUCUGCUUAUGUCAAAAUAAAAAUAUUCUCUCCGCCACAUCAAUUAUUAUCAAUAGCAAUGCUUCAUCCAGGCGGAAUAAGAUUCAGGGAGGCAGGCUGCACAAUAAUAUGCUGUCCUUGCUGCUGCAGCUGCAACUUUACAUGUCGGAUAGCAGUUGGUGA